GCCGUACCAGCAGUGUUCGGAGAGGCGAAAAAUGGCAAAUUGAAUUUCGAGUGCACAGUGUGAGAGCUAUCUUUAAAGAACUGCUUUUCCACCAUCCUUCCUUCGCUGUUUGAUAAGGGAAUGGUUUGCUGGAGCGCAGUACUGGAGAAUCCAGAAAGUGGUGCCCUGGUUGUGCAUAUGGUAGCGUAGUCGUGGACGGGCGAAAACUAUCCCACGUCGUUCACGUAUCAGGAUUACAUUUUCUCCUCCCUGUAGUCAGCUGUCCGCUAGGUGGACAAGGGCGAACGGUGAGUGGCCCCGUUUUCGCUGUAAUCGAGGAACAAACCUCAGCACGGAUUGUUAUGCUACUCAGAGCGGGCAGUAAUAAGACGUUUUUGGUUGGAGUUUAAGGAGGAGGAGGAGGUGGCCCCUUAACGAGCCCCCGGUGGUGAACGAUGUCCAUCAAUAUCGAAAUCAGUGAAGCGCAAAACCCCGCACCGGAACCAACCGGAUCGGACGAGAUGCGGCGUGAACGGGAUGAGGACGACGAGUAUGGUAUGGGGGGUGACGAUGGCCAUGAAGAGACACGGCACGAGCCUCCCAAAUUCGGACUGUUCGUUGAGCACGAUCGUUCCGCUAAUGCACUCCGGAAUGCGUCGGAGGAUGAGUUUGAUUUUGAUUCCGCCUUCAGCUCCGAAUCGAACCAUGCGCUAACGGACGAAAGCACGAUCGACCAGCAGGAGGACGAGGCGACCAAUCACCGGGAGUUGCUGGAACAGGAACGGCUCCGUUCGCUCGAGGACGAACAUGAGGUCCUGUCGUCGAAUCUGAUCGCGCUAACGUCCCACUUUGCCCAGGUGCAGCUGCGUCUGCGACAGAUCGUCGAAGCGCCGCCGGAUGAGCGGGAUGGUUUGCUGAAGAAUCUGGAGGAAUUCGCUUUCCUCGGCAUACCGGAAAUACAGGCAAAUCCGGUGAAGCAAAACAUUCCGGAAAUCGUGGCCAACCUGGACCGCAGCCCGGAGACAGUGGAAAACCUGCGCGAAAAGCAACACGAGCUCAUCGAGCAGCUCAAGUCCCAGCUGAUGGAUCUGGAGCGGUAUGCGUACGAGUCCGGGGCCGGCAUUUUGCCCCAAACGAUCCUUCUGGAAAAGCAGAAAGUAAUCAUAGAGGAAAUCAAGAAGAAGAUCAAUCUGAAUCUGAACGAGCUCGACCUGCCGCAGCUCACAUCCGAGGACUUGCGGCAGCAGGUCGAUAGCGCCCUGGACGAGCUGGUCAACCCGCUGAAGAUGAAGGAACAGCUGGUGACGCAGCUUAAGACACAGAUUCAGGACCUGGAACGGUUCAUCGGGUUUCUCCAGACAAACGAAAAGGCUGAAAUCAAAAAGCGUUUUCUGGAGCAACAGCAGCAGCAGCAACAAAAGCAAUCGUUGGGUGACGCUGCAGUGAAGAAUCCUGCGAAUGCCCGCCAAACUGUCUCAAAGGCUGAGCCAACGAGUGGUCCAAGCUACGGGCCAAGCGAUGGUAGUAAGGCCACCACAAAACGGGAAACGUUAAACAGUAAGGCCCUUGGGUUGAUGGACAAAGCCGGCACGUUGCUGCAGAUGUUUGCGCUUUCCCAAUUUAACUGCAGUAGCGAGCGAAGCCGGGACCGGGGCUAUGCAACGAGCAUGAUGACCCGUAACCGGGCCAACUGUUGGGGCGAUGUCCGGGCACGUCUGGAGUACGAUGUGCAGGAGGUGGCUUCGCUGGCGAUGAUGUUACAAAGCGAAACGAAACGCGCAUCAGCCGGCGAUUCGGAUGGCAACGAGGACGACGUGGAGGAGGAGGACGAUCCAGUGCAGCCUCAGCGACUCAGGAGUAAUAGGAAGAACUACGAGCUAACGCUGCUGGUGCGGAAGCGGUUGAGUAAAACGAUCCAAAGGUUGAUGCAGCACGGUUUGCAGGGCAUCACCGAAAGUACGGGCAACAGCUUAGUGCCAUUCAUAUCCGGAUGCUUUUCAUCCAGUGGAGCCGGUAGUGGAGCAGGCAGCAGUAGUAGCAGUGGAACACGACCAAACUCGACCAUGGCGGAUGGUGGCAGCAGUUUUCCAGAGGAACGAUUCUAUCGAUCCGACGCACGGCGGAAGAGCACCGGUGCAACGACGACAGCGCCGAAGAAGCGGUCCGCUCCCUUCGAUGCCAGCGGAACCGACGGCGAUGCGGGUACGAAUCUGUUCUCUCAGCUGGAUGACGAUGAGGAUGAGGAAAUGUGGGAAGAUCAACGGGCCGGGGAAAACGCUGAUGCCCGUAUGCAUGCCUGGGAGCUACUACUGAUCUACUAUAACAUAAAAAAUGGCGAUCGCUACAAUUCGACUCCGGCGAGAAUGUUAUCGGAAAGCUUCAACUUGGACAUCGUGGAUGGAAGGCCUCUCUCCAAUAAACAGAGUCUUCUCAGUGCCAUAGGAUCGAUCGUAGCCCUCCAUAGUCCUUACAAGCGAAGCUACGAUUCGCAGUUUAAAGCGUUCAUUUGUGCUGGCCUGAA